UUCAAAUCUCAAUCUGUGCAACUCCCCCCAUCUGUUUCCUUCUCUGACUUUCCUAUGGAUUUGAGAAGAAUCGCUACUGCCAUUGAAUCAAAAAGACCAGCUCUGUCAUUGUCCUUGGCCCGUUCUUUGUCACACGAAACUUCUAUAGCACAACAACAUCAGCAGCAGCAGAAACAACAGCAACAACAACAACCCAAACAAUCUUCACCAUUGUCACCAUAUGAUCAGAGCUUUGUAGAUAAGGUAAUAUCAAUCCUGUCAAACCCAUCUUUUAACCCCUCUAAAUGUAGAGAAAUACUCUCUUCUUUAUCUCCUCAUCAUUUCGAUCGCCUAAUUUUUGACACCCAAUCAUCAGUCAAUCCAAAAACAACAUUAAGAUUCUUCUAUUUCGCAUCUGAAUCCGUUGGAUUUCAAUUCUCGAUUAAAUCUUAUUGUUAUCUCGUUCGUAUCCUUAUUGGGUCGAAUCUUGUACCACCUGCUCGAUUGCUUUUGAUCCGUUUGAUAGAUGGUAAGGUGUCUGCUUUGUUUGAGAACCCAAAGGACAAGCAUCUAGAGAUUGCCCAGGCGGUUGUGGAGUUGAAUUCUAGAUCGGAAUCCAUGGUGGCGGCUUCGACAUUUGAUUUGUUGGUUCAUGUCUAUUGUACUCAGUUUAAAACUGCGGGCUUGGGUAGUGCUAUUGAUGUCUUUCGGUUCUUGACAACUCGGGGCAUUUUUCCAUCUUUGAGGACGUGUAAUUUCCUGUUGGAUUCGCUUGUGAAGGCAAAUGAGCUAGGGUGGACGUAUGAGGUUUUUGGGAUAAUGUGUCAAGGUGCUUCUCCUAAUGUUUAUUCGUAUAGUAUUGCAAUUAAUGCAUUAUGCAAAGAUGGGAAAGUCAAAGAAGCUACCCAGGUGUUCUCAAAAAUGGAGGAGUUGGGAGUUUCUCCCAAUGUAGUUACUUACAAUGGCGUUAUUCAUGGAUUAUGUAAGAUAGGGGAUAUAGCUGAAGCCUUUAGGUUCAAGGAGAAAAUGGUUAAAUCCGGUUUGAGUCCUAGUCUUAUUACUUAUAGCAUUCUUAUAAAUGGCCUGAUGAAGUUGGAGAAGUUGGAUGAUGCUAACUGUGUUUUGAAAGAAAUGUCUGCCAAAGGAAUUAUCCCGAAUGAUGUUGUUUAUAACGCAUUGAUUGAUGGGCACUGUAAAAUGGGAAAUAUUGGGGAAGCUAAUAAGUUAAGGGAUGAGAUGGUGUCCAAGGGACUCAGUCCAAAUUCAGUUACUUAUAAUACACUUCUUAAGGGUUUGAACAAGGUGGGUCAGAUGGAACAAGCUGAGCACAUUUUGGAGGAGAUGUUAUCCAGUGGUUUUUCUAUUAAUCCUCAUGCCUUUAAUUCCAUUAUUCACUGGCUAUGUGCAAAAUCUAGCUUGAAUUCUGCAGUUCGGCUCUUUAGGGAGAUGAUGUUAAGGAAUUUGAGGCCUAAUGAUUCGGUUCUGACGAUGAUGGUCAAUGGACUCUGUAAAACAGGAAAUCAUUCUGAUGCAGUUGAAAUUUGGUUUAAACUAUUGGAGAAAGGUUUUGCACCCAAUACAGUAACAUCAAAUGCAUUAAUCCAUGGACUUUGUCAAUCAGGUCACAUGCAGGAGGCAGUUUGCCUUCUCAAGGAGAUGCUUGAGAGAGGGCUGGGAUUAGAUAGGAUCACAUACAACACACUCAUUUUAGGAUGUUGCCAGAAGGGGAAGGUUGGAGAAGGGUUUAAGCUGAGGGAAGACAUGGUUAAGCGAGGACAUAAGCCAGAUAUGUUCACUUACAAUGCACUGAUACAAGGGCUAUGUGACAUGGGUAAAAUGGAGGAAGCUUCUGAGCUUUGGAACGAAUACAAAAGGAAUGGUUUGGUGCCUGAUCUUUCAAUGUAUUGUACUAUGAUUGAUGGGCAUUGCAAAGCUAAGAAAUUGAAAGAAGGUCAAAAUCUCUUUAAUGAAUUGGUCUCGCAAAAUUUGAGGUUGAAUUCUGUUGUAUAUAAUAUUCUCAUUGGAGGAUACUGUAGAAACGGAAAUAUAUUGGAGGCCUUCAGGCUUCGUGAUGAAAUGAAGAGUAAGGGCAUCUCACCAACUGUUGUUACAUACUCUUCAUUACUACAUGGGAUGUGCAGUGCUGGUCGUGUUGAGGAGGCAAAGAACCUUCUUGAUGAAAUGAGACAAGAGGGCUUGGGACCGGAAGUUUUCUGUUAUACUACACUACUUAGUGGGUAUUGUAAGCUAGGUCAAAUGGAUGAAGCAUGUAAUGUUUUGCAGGAAAUGGUUUCACAUGGUGUAAAUCCAAAUAAGUUCACUUACACUGCCAUGAUUGAUGGCUAUUGCAAAAUAGGUGACACUAGACAAGCAGCAAAGCUUCUAGGAGCAAUGGUGGAUGAUGGUGUUGUCCCAGAUGCUGUCACAUAUAAUAGCUUGACAUGGGGAUUUUGCAAAGAAGGGAAAAUGGAAGAUGCUUUUAAGAUAUGCGAUCAGAUGUCUCAAAGAGGUGUAGUGUUGGAUGAAGUCUGCUAUACAACACUGGUUAAUGGGUUGUGUAGUUCAGGACUUGUAAAAGAAGCUACUUUAAUAUCAGAGGGCAUUUUCAAGCGAGGUUUGUUUCCAAAGCAUGUGAACCCUGUUCAGUUCAUUACUGAGCCUUCAAAGCUUGAGCAGCAGUCCUCAGAGUAAAUCAUUUGCUUCUAA